AUGCCCCCGCAUGAGAAUUUCAACCAUAUGAUUGUUCGUGAAUCGCAGAAGGUGGUGGCAGUUGGGAUAUUCCCUCCUCAACCACCCAAGACCUCGGAACCAACCACACGUAGGUUCGGCCCUUCCCGCCACCGUUUGGUCAGAGUCCGGUCACGGUCCGACGGCCGGCCCACUGCGGCGCCGCACACCGGUACCCAAAGGCAUGGCGGUCCAAAGGCUGGCAGACGCAUCCCUCGGCCAUUUUGCAACGUGGGCAACAUCGCCGACGAUGAACCGCUAAAAGUGCUUGUCCGGCAUGUCAGGCGUCCCAGUUGCCGGACUGUCCAUCCUAUCCGUAACACCUUUUCGAGGACCCCCAGAUCAUCAGCGGCCAAGACUGAGCCCCCCUGA